AUGGCCGCGGUUCAAACACUCCCCAAGGAAAUCUCCAAGCUUGGCCAGGAGGUUAAGCUUUUCGGCAAAUGGGACACUCAGGAUGUCGAGGUCAAGGAUAUCUCCCUCACAGACUACAUCCAAAUCCGCCACGCCGUCUACCUCCCCCACACCGCCGGUCGUUAUGCCAAGAAGCAGUUCAAGAAGGCACAGAUGCCCAUCGUUGAGCGAUUGGUCGACAGCUUGAUGAUGAAGGGCCGCAACAACGGCAAGAAGCUCUUGACCGUCCGCAUUGUUGCGCACGCGUUCGAGAUCAUUCACCUUCUCUCCGACCAGAACCCCAUCCAGGUCCUCGUCGACGCCAUCGUCAACACUGGUCCCGGCACUGUUCGCCGUCAGGCCGUCGAUGUCUCCCCUCUGCGCCGGGUAAACCAGGCAAUUGCUCUCCUCACCACUGGCACCCGCGAGUCGGCCUUCCGCAACGUCAAGUCGAUUGCGGAGUGCCUUGCGGACGAGCUCAUCAACGCGGCGAAGGGUUCAUCAAACUCGUACGCCAUUAAGAAAAAGGAUGAACUGGAGCGUGUCGCCAAGUCCAACCGGUGA